AUGAAGGCGACUGGAUUUAUUUCCCUGUGGACAUUGGUUUCAUUGCCUUGUGGCCAGUUAGCAAAUCCUGCAGAACAUGAAGAUGUAGUAAAGCAUGCAAUAAAGCUGCACCGUGGAAAAGGAGCUGUUAUCACUGAGAGGAAGCAGUGGGUGUUGGAAAGUUGCAGAAAACUGUCUGGUCUUCUUCGCCAAAAGAACGUUGUUCUCAACAAACUAAAAAAUGCCAUAAGAGCAGUUGAGAAGGAUGUAGGACUGUCUGAUGAAGAGAAACUUUUUCAGGUGCAUACCUUUGAAAUUUUCCAAAAGGAGCUAAAUGAAAGUGAAAACUCCGUCUUUCAGGCAAUCCAUGGCCUCCAGAGAGCUCUACAGGGGGAUUACAAAGAUGUUGUAAAUAUGAAAGAAAGCAGUAGACAGAGGCUGGAAGCCUUGAGAGAAGCUGCAAUUAAGGAAGAAAUGGAAUAUGUCGAACUCUUAGCAGCAGAAAAACACCAAGUUGAAGCCCUUAAGAACAUGCAGCAUCAAAACAAAAGCCUGUCAAUGCUUGAUGAAAUUCUGGAAGAUGUCAGGAAGGCAGCUGAUAGAUUGGAAGAGGAAAUAGAAGAGCAUGCCUUUGAUGACAACAAAUCUGUAAGAGGUGUAAACUUUGAAGCAGUUUUAAGGGUGGAAGAAGAUGAAACAAACUCCAAAAGAAAUGCUUCAAAAAGAGAAGUAGAGGAUGACUUAGGUCUUAGUAUGCUUAUUGAUUCCCAGAACAAUCAGUAUAUCCUUACCAAACCGAGAGAUUCAACCAUUCCUCGUGCUGAUCAUCAUUUCAUAAAGGAUAUUGUGACAAUAGGAAUGUUGUCUUUGCCAUGUGGCUGGCUGUGCACAACAAUAGGAUUGCCAACCAUGUUUGGAUAUAUCAUCUGUGGAGUACUCUUAGGACCCUCAGGACUAAACAGUAUCAAAUCUAUUGUACAGGUGGAGACAUUAGGAGAGUUUGGUGUGUUCUUCACUCUCUUUCUAGUUGGUCUGGAAUUUUCUCCUGAAAGACUAAGAAAGGUAUGGAAAAUAUCUUUGCAAGGACCUUGCUACAUGACAGUUCUGAUGAUUGCCUUUGGUUUACUAUGGGGGCACUUGCUCCAAAUUAGACCAACACAGAGUGUCUUCAUUUCCACUUGUUUAUCUUUAUCAAGCACACCACUGGUGUCAAGAUUCCUUGCAGGUAGUGUUCGAGGAGAUAAAGAAGGGGACAUUGACUACAGCAGCGUACUACUUGGCAUGUUGGUGAUGCAGGAUGUGCAGCUUGGUUUAUUUAUAGCUGUCAUGCCUACACUUAUUCAAGCAGGAGUGAGCACACAUUCCAGCAUUUUCAAGGAAAUACUGAGAAUACUGAUACUGAUUGGCCAAAUUCUCUUUUCUUUGGCCGCUGUUUUUCUUCUAUGUCUUGUUAUAAAGACUUAUCUCAUAGGACCGUAUUAUCGCAAGCUGCACGCAGAAAGCAAAGGGAAUAAAGAAAUCCUCAUUCUAGGAAUAACUGCAUUCACCUUCCUUAUGUUAACGAUCACAGAGCUGCUGGAUGUUUCAAUGGAGCUGGGAUGCUUCUUAGCCGGAGCUCUGAUCUCUUCUCAGGGUCACAUGGUUACUGAGGAGAUUAUGUGCUGUAUUGAACCAAUACGUGACUUUCUUGCCAUCAUUUUCUUUGCAUCUAUAGGACUUCAUGUUUUCCCCACAUUUGUAAUAUAUGAACUCACAGUUUUGCUAUUCCUUACAUUGUCUGUGGUCAUAAUGAAGUUUGUCUUGGCAGUGCUUGUCCUUUCUCUGAUUCUUCCAAAGACCAGCCAGUAUAUCAAGUGGAUUGUCUCAGCAGGACUGGCACAAGUCAGCGAAUUCUCUUUUGUUCUGGGAAGUAGAGCACGCAGAGCAGGGAUCAUAUCUCGGGAGGUCUAUCUGCUUAUUCUGAGUGUAACUACUCUAAGCCUUCUACUUGCCCCUGCCCUGUGGAGAGCUGCGAUUAUGAAAUGUGUUCCGAGACCUGAAAGACGCUCAAGUACUUGAUUAGGAUUUGCACAUAUAGAAGAAUAUGUCUUCUUGCAAGGAAUAUCUUCAUUGCUCAUUGUAUUUCUAUGCAGUCGGGAAACAAGACAUUUUGAGUAGUCAGUCCUCUUAGCAAGCACUUGGUCAUGAGCCUUACACUGAUCUAAAACAAAACAAAAUUCAACACUAAAAAAUAUUUGUCAUUUGAAUUGCACACCUUUUACAAAAUUUAUUUCUCUCUGACAUAUUGAAGUCUGCCAGAAUAUUUGUUUCCGAUCCAAUCUAUUAUUCAGAUCAUAAAUUAUUUUUUUAAAAUAUAACAUCGUGCAAACUGUG